UAAUCAGCUCUCAAACGCUUUCCUCUGCAACAAAGCAGCGAGCGAGCAACGAGUCCAAGCCGGAGUUCUGCUAAAGUCUGACCAAACAACCCUCUGCUGUUUUAUUAACUGACUUGUGUGAGAUAUUUUCUUUCUUAAGAAGUAGUUUAGAAGAUGUUCGUGGCGAAGAGCAUCGCAGCGGAUCAUAAAGAUCUGAUUCACGAUGUUUCUUAUGACUUCCACGGUCGGAGGAUGGCGACCUGCUCCAGCGACCAGAGCGUCAAGGUCUGGGACAAAGGUGACGAUGGAGAAUGGCAUUGCACUGCUAGCUGGAAGACUCACAGUGGAUCGGUGUGGAGGGUGACAUGGGCGCACCCUGAGUUCGGUCAGGUGCUGGCGUCCUGCUCCUUCGACCGCACCGCAGCUGUUUGGGAGGAGAUCGUCGGAGAAUCCAAUGACAAACAACGGGGACAAAGUCACUGGAUCAAGAGAACCACGCUGGUGGACAGCCGGACGUCAGUGACCGAUGUGAAGUUUGCACCGAAGCACAUGGGCCUGAUGCUGACCACCUGCUCUGCAGACGGCGUGGUGCGCAUCUACGAGGCCCCUGACGUGAUGAACCUCAGCCAGUGGUCACUGCAGCACGAGAUCUCCUGCAAGCUGUCCUGCUCCUGCAUCUCCUGGAACCCCUCCAGUUCUCGAGCUCAUCCUCCAAUGAUAGCCGUGGGCAGUGACGACAGCAACGUCACAUACAGCGGCAAAGUGCAGAUCUACGAGUAUAAUGAAAAUACCAGGAAGUAUGCCAAAGCAGAGACGUUGAUGACUGUGACUGACCCGGUUCAUGACAUCGCCUUUGCUCCCAAUCUGGGGAGAUCUUUCCAUGUGCUGGCUAUAGCCACCAAAGACGUUCGCAUUUUCAAACUCAUACCUAUGAGGAGAGAGAGCGCCAACAGCUCUGGUGCCACUAAGUUUGAGGUGCAGGUGAUGGCUCAGUUUGACAGUCAUAACUCUCAGGUGUGGCGCGUGAGCUGGAACAUCACCAGCACUCUGCUGGCCUCCUCUGGAGACGACGGCUGUGUGCGCCUCUGGAAAGCUAAUUACAUGGACAACUGGAAGUGCACCGGGAUCCUGAGAGGAGACGGCAGCCCAGUGAACGGCUCUGGACAGGCUGUGGCUCUGAACGCAGUGGGCGUCCCUGGAGCCGCUCAGAUGGUUGUUGGAGCUGCUUCUGCUGGCAGGUACUUCUUCCCUCAUUUGGACUCCCCCCGAGCGGGAUCUCGCCUGGCCCACCUCCUGCCUCCCCCCUCUCUCAUCGAGACAGUGUAUGAGCCUGAUCCGUCCCACGCUCCUCAGCUCCGUCAUCGAAACGCAGUCAGCACCAUUCAACCCGCCGAACAUGACUGAGAACCUCACACUUACCUGCCUUUAUAUGCUUCUUCACAUUUACUGGGAAUAAUCUGUGUCAUCAGAUGUGAUCGCUGUUUUGGGGUUAUUUAAUUAUCAUUAUCAAACAUUAUCA